CAUGGGGCGAGCGGGAGGCGGAGCGCGCGCCGGCGGCCCAGCGGCGCGGCAGCCGAGGCGCCCCGAGGCGUGAGGGAGACCCGGCCAUCGCCAGGUUGGAAAGAAGAACGAAUUGGAAACUAGAGACAAUACAGCUUUUGAAAUGGAAAUUCAGUUUGUGCUGCUUUUUGUGGGCGUCCUUGUGUUUGCUGAUUCUGUGAGAGGCCCACCCAGGAUUUCCGAUAAAGUGAUCCACCGGCAAUCUGUGAGAUUAGGAAGAACCAUCAAGCUCCUUUGCCCCGUGGAGGGUGACCCCCCACCUCUUACGAUGUGGAUGAAGGAUGGAAGAACCAUCCACAGCGGAUGGACGCGGUUCAGGGUCCUCCAACAAGGGUUGAAAAUCAAAGAAGUGGAAAGCGAGGAUGCAGGAACGUACAUCUGCAAAGCCACCAAUGGUUUCGGUAGCAUGAAUGUGAACUACACCCUGAUUGUGAUUGAUGAUGCAAGUUCAGGAAGAGAGAGUCUAGCACCUGAAGUUCCCAACAGUGAAUCUGAAGAUCAUUCUGGAAAGCUCUGGGCUCGCCCUCGGUUCACUCAGCCGGCCAAGAUGAGGAGGAGAGUGAUUGCCCGACCUGUCGGGAGUUCGGUCCGCUUGAAAUGCAUGGCUAGCGGGAAUCCUCGACCUGAGAUCAGCUGGUUAAAAGACAACAAGCCUCUAAUGCCGCAGGCGAUGGGUGAGAACAAAAGGAAGAAGUGGACACUGAAUUUGAAGAACCUGAAGCCAGAGGACAGCGGGAAGUACACCUGCCGAGUAUUCAACAGAAUUGGGGAAAUCAAUGCUACGUACAAAGUUGAAGUGAUACAGAGAACAAGAUCCAAGCCAAUUCUUACUGGGACACAUCCUGUGAACACAACGGUAGACUAUGGGGGGACAACCUCGUUUCAGUGUAAGGUGAGGAGUGACGUCAAGCCUGUCAUUCAGUGGCUGAAGAGAGUGGAGUAUGGCACUGAGAACAAAUACAAUUCCACCAUCGAUGUCGGGGGGCAGAAGUUUGUGGUGCUGCCUACGGGAGAGGUCUGGUCCCGCCCUGAUGGCUCCUACCUGAACAAGCUCAUGAUCACAAGGGCUAAGGAAGAGGAUGCUGGAAUGUACAUCUGCUUAGGGGCAAACACCAUGGGAUACAGCUUCCGAAGCGCAUUUCUCACAGUGCUACCAGAUCCUAAGCCACCCAGCCCACCGGUGGCUCCCUCUGCCAGCAGCCUUCCGUGGCCUGUGAUCAUUGGAAUCCCAGCUGGAGCUGUCUUCAUCUUUGGAACCAUCCUCCUGUGGCUCUGCCAGACCAAGAAGAAGCCAUGCUCUCCUCCCGCGGCAGCCCCCAUGCACAGGCCGCACCCCCGGGACCGGGUCUGUGUGCCGCAGGUCCCCGACAAAGACUGCAUCUCCUCCAUAAACUACGAGGAAUAUGUAGGGGCUCAGCAGCAGCAACAGCAGCAGCUGCUGAGCCAAGGGUCUGCCCUGGCCCCAAACAUGGCUUCCAAGAUGUACCCAAAGAUUUACACGGACAUCCACACUCAUACGCAUUCGCACAUUGAAGGCAAAGUUCACCAGCACCAGCACAUUCAUUACCAAUGCUAAAAGGCUACGCGGAGUUUAUCCUUCUUUGAGUCGGCUUAUACCGGAAAGGUGGGGAGGGGGAAAGAAACCAAAUUGAACAAAACCAUUUAUUCCAAAAAGAAGAAGAAGCAAUUUUGGAGAGAAAUGCGGAGAAAGGGUUUUGUUGCUGCUGCUGCUGUUGCCGUUUGCUGUUACUGUGACAAAGGAAUAAUGAAGGAAUUCCCAAAGGUCAAAGGCAGAUGCUUGUGUCCCUGGAAAACGGGAGAAGUCCUGUUUCAAAAGCCAGAGGGAGAAGGGGAAGGAAGAUGGGCCUGACCCUGUCUGCCCACCCCCAACCUCGGUCGCUGCUUCUGCCCUUCAGCCACCUGUGGAAGCCCAAGGCCAGCGCGGCUCCUUCCUUCGGCACACGCAGAGAAGGCCUGAUGGCAAAGCAGAACUUAGACACGGAAGCGUUUGAGUGACAGUGCAAAAGACGAAAAAGGCCACUGUGGCGGUUUCCGGGGGAGAGAUUGCUAUUUAACGUUGUGUAAUGCUGCCUGGUAGUUAGCAAUAAACAAGCUAGUUGUGAAUGGGUGGCACUCUUUGGCCGGGGGGGGGGGGGCUUCCUUUUAAAGGACUUGGCUCCCCUUUCCCCCAGUUGCCACAAAAGCAAAGGACAAUGUUGUACAAGUCGCUAUAUUUAUAUUUAAUUAUAAUAAGGAUAAUCAUGAUUGAACUGCUGGCUUUUGUGAACACGAAAGAAAGGAAGAAACACAAUCCCAUUAUGCUGCCCUCGUCUGUGAUUGUCAGAUUUUUUCAAGAUUUAUAGUGGCGUGCCUCUGAGCUGACAAGUGAUAAUACAAAACAAGUUAAAGACUAUUGUUAAAAGACAAAUAAAAAUUAACUCCAGGGAAUUAUGAAUAUGCUGAAUAUGCACUUGUGGGCAU